AGUGUGACUUAACUGAGAGCCUGAGCUCUGCUGUCCUGGGUACCCACUGCUCUGAGAGAGGCAAGAAAGAAACCUCAGGCCCAGGGCUAGCUUUGCUGCAUGUGGAUGCUGGAGGCCCAUGACUACCAGGAUGUUCUAGGCACUGCCCACGAUUGACUUCAAGGCCUGAAAUCCCUGGGGAUGCCACCCAGUCCCACAAGUCUGCAUUCCCCUGCAGCUGAGCUAGGAGAUGGGCUCAGCUCCUGAACUUGCCCCAGACAGAAAGCAUAACACACACUCGCCAGGGAGAGUCUGCCUGAUUCUGGGCCACUCUGAGUGCAAGUAAGUGGGAAGUAGCCAAGCCUGGGAGAUGCAGAGUACAGCUAAUUACCUAUGGCACACUGAUGACCUGCUAGGGCAGGGGGCCACUGCCAGUGUGUACAAGGCCCGAAACAAGAAAUCUGGGGAGGUGGUUGCUGUAAAGGUCUUCAACUCAGCCAGCUACCGGCGGCCCCCCGAGGUGCAAGUGAGGGAGUUUGAGGUGCUGCGGAAGCUGGAUCACCAGAAUGUCGUCAAGCUGUUCGCUGUGGAGGAAACGGGAGGCGGCCGGCAGAAGGUGAUAGUGAUGGAGUACUGCUCCAGCGGGAGCCUGCUGAGUGUGCUGGAAGACCCUGAGAACACAUUCGGGCUCCCUGAGGAGGAGUUCCUGGUGGUCCUACGCUGUGUGGUGGCUGGCAUGAACCACCUGCGGGAGAACGGCAUCGUCCACCGGGACAUCAAGCCUGGGAACAUCAUGCGCCUGGUCGGGGAGGAGGGGCAGAGCAUCUAUAAGCUGUCUGACUUCGGGGCCGCUCGGAAGCUGGACGAUGAGGAGAAGUUUGUCUCUGUCUAUGGCACAGAGGAAUACCUGCACCCUGACAUGUAUGAGCGGGCCGUGCUUCGCAAACCCCAGCAAAAGGCGUUUGGGGUGACUGUGGAUCUCUGGAGUAUUGGGGUGACCCUGUACCAUGCAGCCACCGGUAGUCUGCCCUUCAUCCCCUUUGGUGGGCCCCGGCGCAACAAGGAGAUCAUGUACAGAAUCACCACAGAGAAGCCAAGCGGGGCCAUUUCAGGGACUCAGAGGCAGGAAAACGGGCCCCUGGAGUGGAGCUAUAGCCUCCCCAUCACCUGCAGACUGUCCAUGGGGCUGCAGAACCAGUUGGUGCCCAUCCUGGCCAACAUCCUGGAGGCAGAGCAGGCUAAGUGCUGGGGCUUCGACCAGUUCUUUGCAGAGACCAGCGACAUCCUGCAGCGAAUUGUCAUCCAUGUCUUCUCCCUGCCCCAGGCGGUCCUGCACCAUGUCUACAUCCAUGCCCACAACACGAUUGCCAUCUUCUUGGAGGCUGUGUAUGAGCAGACCAACGUGCCCCCGAAACACCAGGAGUACCUCUUUGAGGGCCACCCUUGUGUCCUUGAGUCGAGCCUCUCAGUGCAGCACAUCGCCCCCACAACUGCCAGCAGCCCCCUGGUUCUGUUCAGCAUGGCCAGCGACACCCCCAAGGGCCUGACCUUCAGGGACCCUGCUCUGGACGUCCCAAAGUUCGUCCCCAAGGUGGACCUACAGUCAGAUUACAACACCGCUAAGGGCGUGCUGGGCGCUGGCUACCAGGCCCUGUGGCUGGCGCGGGUCCUGCUGGAUGGGCAAGCCUUGAUGCUCCGAGGGUUACACUGGGUCCUGGAGAUACUUCACAGCAUGUGCCAGCAGACCCUGGAGGUCACGCAGACAGCCCUCCUCUUCCUCAGCAGUGGCCUGGGCAUUGAAAGGCUCAGCAGUGGGGCUGGGAUGCCCGACUUCCAGGAACUAAAGGAGGCCAUGGAGCUGAGGUCCAGGCUGCAGACUUUUUCAGAGGUCCUCUCUAGAUGUUCCCAUAAUGUCACAGAAAUCCAAGUGAGCCUGAGCUGCCUGGGCAGAGAGUUUCUGAAGAACCAGAAUCAGAUCCACGAUGACAGCCGAAGCAUCCAGAAGAUUCAGUGUUGUUUGGACAAGAUGCACUUCAUCUACAAACAGUUCAAGAAAUCUAGGAUGAGGCCAGGACUCAGCUACAAUGAGGAGCAGAUCCACAAGCUGGAUAAGGUGAAUUUUAGCCAUGUAGCCAAGAGGCUGCUGCAGGUGUUCCAGGAGGAGUGCGUGCAGAAGUAUCAGACGUCUCUGGUCACACAUGGCAAGCGGAUAAGGCAGGUGCAGAAGGCUCAGAACCACCUACACCUCAUUGGCCGAUCGGUGACUGCCUGUAGCACAGAAGCCCGGGAAGCCCAAGACAACCUGAGCAAGAUCCUUGAUCGGCUUCUUCUGGACAGAGCACCAGAGCCUCAGACCUCACCACACCCUGUGGCUCCCCAUCCAAGUUCUGACCCGGAGGACCUGGUCUGCCACAUGCAGGAACUUUGUGACGAUAUGAAGCUGUUGGCCUUUGAUCUCCAGGAAAACAACCGCCUCAUCGAGCGGUUACAGAGACUUCCAUCAGCGCCAGAUGUCUGAGCUCCAUGGGGGGCCAUUAGCAUCAGUCAUACAGUACCCCUGCACCAUGAGACAGAAUACAGGGCAAGGUCUGGCCCCAUCUCACCAGCCUACCUCCAUCAAGGCCACUGGCCAAAAAGCUAGCAUUACUUUGGCUGCCUGUCCUCUUGGGAAGCAGUUGGGACAGGGCUUCCUAGCCAUCCUGGAGAGUACGCAUAGGAGAACAUGCAGCUACCACUGCCUCAUCCAGAACUGUUCCUCGUUACCCAGGCCUGGAGGUCUGAACUCAGGAGGGCCUUGGGAAGGGGCUGAGCCCUCCCACUGCUCUGAACUCCCGGGGAUCAGCAGGCUCUCAGGGGGUUCUCUGGGGUGCUGGAGUAGAGAACUUAAUCGGCAAGACUUCCCAUUGCCUGCUACUUCCUGAGUGUCCCCAUCCCUGCUCCCAGGCAACCCACAAACUGCCCCUUUGUGCUUUAUCUGGAGGAAACUGCGGUUGAGAAGGUGGGUGGUUAAGGCCAGCUGCUGGCGCUUUGGGGACCCUUGGUGCUGAGAAACAGCUGGUCAGUAUCUACAACAGGCAGCCGUGCCAUCUGGACAGAUGGAAAGCAGAGUCCUAAGGAGACAGCAGGCCUACACCUUCGGAAAUGGAAUAAAUGGACCACCUUUUCUCUU